AUGCCCCCAAAGCGAAUUGUGGUAAAUUUAUCGGAAAAGUACGGUGAUAUACGCAUCCCACACUCACUCCUACCAGGUGUCAACCCCGUCGCGUACACGGAGCAGGCUGUCCUCUUUGUGGCGCCACCACCUGUGGAGCGGGGGUUUGAGUGGGGUGAUGCACUCAGCGAGGGCGAGGCCUCUGCUCCAUGGGAGCCGGCACCACCUUUAGACGAGAAGGGAACGGCAAGGGCGUCACUGUUGGCGUACGACGCAGAGCCGCUUCGUAGCCCCGUCAUGCGGGCGCGGCAUUUACACUAG